AUGGCAGAAGUUGACCAACAAUCUACUACUCCUGUAGAAUCCAUUCAAACAGAUAUCUCCAAUGAAACAAAAAUUGGUCUGGGUAUGGGUCCUGCGGGUCAAGAUAUCAAUGAUAAAUCAUUAUCUUUACUGGUUGAUGAAGUUAUCAAUCUGACAAGUAUAUCAGCUAAAUCUGAUUCUAUUUCUUCAUUAUCUUCGAUAAACACUACAAAUACAACAAACAAUAUUAUUGAAAGCUUACAAUCAACUAAAAUUAUUGAUGAUGAGGAGAAGGACCAAACCGCAUCUGCCGUUGCAGAAACAUCAACUUCUUCAAAUAACAACAACAACAACAAUGUCUCCACCACAAGUUAUACAUCCACUCCAGAUCAACAACCAAAUUUAAUUAUUAAACAAAUAGACCCCGAAACUUUAAAUACCACAACAAACUCUCCAAAAUUACCAAAAUCAGUGGCAUCAAAAACAAAUUUUUUCAAUGAUUUAUCACAACAAUCAGUAGAAAUUAUGACACCAACAUCUCCAAAUGCAAAUAUUUCUUCAACUUCACCAUUACCUAAAAAAGCUGUUAAAUUUACUGUUCGUAAAGUUUCUCAUGAAGCUAUCAUAUCGCCAACUUCAUCUCCAAAUUUAGCAGGUAAUGGUGGUAAUGGUAGUGGUGUUGGUGCAGGUUUUGGAAAAUCACCUAGAGUUGCAUCUCAUUCACGUUCCCAUUCACAUCCCGAAAUGGGUGCAUCGAAUAAAAAUAUGUCACCACCAACAUCAUUUAUUGCACAAACCGUAUCAUCAACUGAAGAUGAACGUCAUAAACAAGAAUUGAUCAAAUUGGAAAAAGCACAAGCUAAAUAUGAACAAUAUGGAGCAAGGAUAACAAAAAUUGAUAAAGAAAUUAAUUUUUUAACUCAAUUGUUACCACCUUAUAAUGUUGAAGUUGAUUAUAAUACAAGAGUUAAAAUAACUAAAGCAAUUGAAAAAUUACGAAUGAAACAAGAUGAGAUUGAUAAGAGAAAAUAUGACUUGGGUAUUACUAUUAGUAGAUUAUGGAGACAUUUAGAUGAUGGUAGUAAUAUUUGGGUUAGAAAAGGUGAGUAA